AGUUCAUGGCAACGGGGACACUGACAGUGUAGCGUGACGAUAUUGACUCGGUGUAGCUGGCUGCUAGCUAGGCGAACCCGUUUUGUUCAAGAGAUAUGGCAACAUUUGUCUUAUAACUAUAAUGCCUUACUAAGUAUCUCCCGGGGUAUAGGCGAAACAUUAUCUGCAGACAGUGUGUUUGUUGCUAGAAUAUCGUAAGCUAACAGUUAGCUAGCUAACAACAGUGCAAUGUUUUGAACGUCGAUGACACCAGAAUUAGUUGUGCACUGCAACAUACCUUCGUUUAUUUCUAGCUAAUUAUAUUAUUUAGAUAACUUAGCUACAUUAUACCAAAAAGUAUCACUUUUUAGAGAUGGACAACGUUACUUCAUCGUCACACCAUGCAUAUGAAUCAGAGGGCCAGGGGCUCAGUCCACCAUACAGGAGGCGGACGGUGGAGGACUUCAACAAGUUCUGCACCUUUGUGUUGGCAUAUGCAGGCUAUAUCCCAUAUCCCCAGGAGGACUCUUCUCUGCGUAGUAGCUCCAGCCCCCCCAACAGUACAGGCAGUACAGCAGACAGUGAUGGCUGGACCCCUAUCCCUGAACCCCCCUCCUCUUGCCCCCCGCGGCCCCCCAUACCCCCGCAGGACAAGAACAGGAAACGACCCCGUCCUACGGGAAUCCACCCUGGGGCCUCACUAUCCAGCCAUGUUAUGAAAAAUCAUGGCCAUUUAGCGUCCUCCCUGCACCCAGAUGACCGGAGGAAAGCCAACAAACAGAAGAAGAGGAGGAAGGACCGGGAGAGCCAGGCCGGCGAGCCGAGCUCUGCACAACAGGCCUACGCAAUGAGCCCAGAGCCACAGUUGCCCCUGGGAGGACGACCAAUCAAAGACGAGCCUGAGGAUGACUUCUUCAUCCCCCUCCACCCUUCGCCCCCUCACCGCCUGCCCAGUCCCUCUCACUUCAAUAACUCCUCCUCCUGUAAGCAGGAGCACAAUGAGGAGUGGGAGUGCUGGGCGGGACAGGGGCUGGUGGAGGGCAUGGUGAAGGUGGAGAGUGUGGAGGGUUUUACUGGGAACAGGACGGUCAUCCGACAGGGGAAACAGGUGGUGUUCCGAGACGAGGAUGGCUCCGGAGAGGACGAGGACAUCAUGGUGGACUCCGAUGAUGACUCGUGGGACCUGGUGACGUGUUUCUGUAUGAAACCGUUUGCAGGCCGGGCCAUGAUUGAGUGUAACCAGUGUAACACGUGGAUCCACCUGUCCUGUGCUAAGAUCAGGAAGUCCCACGUUCCUGAGACUUAUAUGUGUCAGAGCUGCAGAGACACACUGGGCCUGGCAGACACCCGCCGCUCAUACCGCUCACGCAUAGGCCCCCGCAGACACCUUCUUGACUGACCCCCGCAGACAGCUUCUUGACUGACCCCCGCAGACAGCUUCUUGACUGACCCCCGCAGACAGCUUCUUGACUGACCCCAUUGCAAACCCCUUCACCCCUCUCACCUGCAUUUAGACCAUGCCCCAUACGGUUCUAACCCCAACCGGUCCUGUAACCCAUGCCCCAGGCCAGCCCUUUCCUUUUGUCCCAGACCCCAGUCCUACCCCCUUGCCCCAGGUCCUUUUUCUCACCCCUACUGCGUCGACUAAGCCUACUAGCCGUCCCUCGGGGUCUUCAACACCCCCAAACUAAACCGAUCCGAGUGCUAUUUAAGAUUUAUUAUAAAUUUGAUGGUUUCUCUCUGCUUCCUUCCAGACUGUGUGCGUAAGUCAAUCACUGAAUGUCUGUCUGUCUGUAGUACAAUAGUUGACCAGUAGUGUUGGACUCCAUAGUCUAGUCUGGCUGACCGGUUAGCUCAGACUGGAUAGAGACUAGUGACGCAUCUCGCGUGAACAGUGGAAACCUGUCAGAGAGAAUGGCCUAUAGAGCUGCCACCCAACACUGUGCAUUUUGGGACGUUGGCUUUUUGCACUUAUUUCAUGCGUUAAAGGGGUGUGUUGACUUGCCAACCCCUUCUCCUCCCCCAACCACCCUCUCAACUAGGGGUUGGUACAUCUGUCUGUCUGAGGGAAGCCUUUGUCUAAAGCCUCAAGCAGAGGGUCUGUAGAUAAUGAUGUCCAGUUCUAUACUGAACAAAAAUAUAAAUGCAACAUACUGAGUUAGUUCAUAUAAGGAAAUUUGUCAACUGAAAUAAAUAAAUUAGGCCCUUAUCUAUGGAUUUCACAUGACUGGGAAUAUAGAUAGGAAUCUGUUGGUCACAGAUACCUUAAAAUAGAGGUAGGGGCGUGGAACAGAAAACCAGUUAGUAUCUGGUGUGACCACCAUUUGCCUCAUGCAGCGCAACGCAUCUCCUUCGCAUAUAGUUGAUCAGGCUGUGGAUUGUGGAAUGUUGUCCCAGUCCUAUUCAAUGGCUGUUCGAAGUUGCUGGAUAUUGGCGGGAACUGGAACGCUCUGUCGUACACUUUGAUCCAGAGCA